AUUGGUUCUUUUGAGACAAGAUCUUUCUUCGAGUAGAGGAACAACAUUAUGUUCAAGAUUUUAAGCUUCAAAAUGCAGUAAAGUCAUGAAAACUGGCGCCAAAACUUUGAAAAGGCAAUUCACAAAAUAGCACGUUUUGAGGAGAGUCACGCGGCUUUCCGCUGACCAGUGAUGACAAUAAGAGCAUCAUGGGUAAUCCGGCAGACCGUGAUGCAUCAGGGGCCGUGUGUCUGUGUCAUGUUGAUGUUGUUGUUCCACCUGCCAGAGUCUGCAAGAGUCCCCAGUGUAGUAUACAUAGCCCAGCUAGGGAUGUCACCAUCCCAGCAACCACUCAAUGCAGUAGAGUCCGCCAUUCGCUAUGUCAACAAGCGAUCAGAUCUUUUGCCAAACACGACAAUCAAGCUUCUCCAGGAGACGUAUUCAAAAGAUAAUCUAUUACAAUAUGCUCUCAACCUCUCCUCCUAUGACGUCAUCGCGCUGUUGGUUGAUGCUCACCCGCAGCCUUCCCAGCAGGCCAUGAGCGCAAUGUUUCGUAUCCCCAUGGUAACCCUACAUGAAGCACACACGUACACCUCUCAGACCCAAUCUUUGCUGCAGUAUGGAAUAUGCGUCGGUCCUAGCGGAUAUGACGUCACAAGAGCGAUGAAUGACGUCAUAACACACCUGAAUCGUAACAAAAUCCUCGUUUUAUAUGACGGACGCUGGCGCAGUCAAGCGAUGCUUUUUAUUUCGCGGCUUCCGUCAAACUCGAGUUACUCCAAGAUGUCCCUGGAGAUCGAGUCUGACUCGUGGUUGUGCGGAGACACCAAGGAGCUCCUUGGUAGACUCAACAAUGCACCGACAGAAGUCAUCGCGCUCUUCUGUGACUCGUACCUUGUGGCGGAAGUCAUUGACAAGGUGCACUGCGCAUGCUCAUUCAAAGUGGAGAAACCGCAUAUCUGGCUGAUCGCAGAUAUGAUCCCUUCAGUAUCGAUGCCAGUGCAGUCGUCUCAAGUCGUACUUGGUUUUUUGCCUCAAGUUACAGACAGCUACCUAACACGACACAUCGACCGGGAACUGAACCUCAGCAAAACCGCGAUAUAUAAUUCGGUGUACUUCGCGUACGACGCCGUUUUAGCCACCGCGCAUGCUCUAGAUAAAGUCAUUCUAGAAGACCGCUGGGUGUCAUUAAAUCGGUCUCACGGGCUCACAACUUCUCUAAAUGGGCCUUCAAUAUUUGAAGAAAUGAAGAAGUUGAAGAUCAACUCAACAACAGGAAUCCUGGACAUCGCUCACGACGGCAGUAGACGAAAUUUAGAGCUGGAGGUCUUUAACCUCCAAAACGACAUUUUUACUAAGAUUGGCGUUUGGAGCGCCAGCAGUGGUGUGACGGUCAGCGGCUCUGUGAAGCAGAACAGGCCCACCACCGACCUAGUCCCUCUCGAUAAGCUCCACCGGAAGUUGGAGGUGGUCGUAGUACUGGAUUCCCCUUUUGUGAUGCUGAACGAGGCGGGUGUACUCGAAGGUUUCAGCAUUGACCUAAUCAAAGAGAUUUCACAGAUGCUCGGCUUUGCCUAUAACGUGUAUUUGAGUCCUGAUGGCCUAUACGGAGGGAGCGAUGGCCUGGGAGGCUACACGGGAAUCGUAGGGCAGAUCAUAAAAGGGAAAGCGGAUUUAUCGACAUCUCCGCUGACCAUUACUUCGGAGCGACUGCAGUAUCUCGAGUUCAGCAAGCCCUUUAUGCAGUUCACAAUGAGCUUGAUUUCCAAGAAAUUCGACAAUGAUAAUCAGUAUCUGAUGGCCUUCAUGCGUCCCUAUUCUUCUACUGUCUGGCUUCUGACGCUGGCAGGUCUGCUUCUGGUAACGAUUCUCAUGUUUGUCGUGAACUACAUCAGUCCGUAUGGCUACCGUAAGUCGCAUAAGAGCAAGAAUGGAGAGGCGUUUAACUUUUUCAACAGCUUGUGGUUCUGCCUUGCCUCCAUGCUACAACAGGGCGCGGACAGCACCCCCCGGUCACUAUCCGGUCGUGUCCUAGCGGGAUGCUUCUGGUUCUGUAUUCUAAUCUGGAUCUCGACAUACACUGCCAAUCUGGCGGCGUUUUUCACGGUCCGCAGCGCGGGGAAAACUGUGAGCACUUUGGAAGAUGUGGUUGAUGGUGGAUAUCACUUCUACAUCAUACGUCACACUGCACUCUACCACUUCUUUAAAAUGGCUUCUUAUCAUACCUACAGAAAGUUAUGGGAGCGUAUGAGUGCAGAGAAAACGUUUGUGAACUCGACGAACGAGGGCUACGAGGUGGCACGGAAGAGGAAGAAUGCGGUGUUUAUGGCAGAGAAGCCGUCCACCGAAUACACCAUCAUGCGGGAACCCUGUGAUCUUCAGGCAGCAAGCGGCCUUAUGGGCGCCAGUAGCUACGGCAUGGCGAUGCCCAAGCACUACCCUUACAUUGGGAACAUUUCUGUGGCUAUUCUACGGCUUCAUGAAACUGGUGUCUUGGACUCCCUGUGGCGCAAGUGGUGGGACUACCGUAGCCAGUGCCCCAAGGAGCAGACUCGGUCGGCUAUCGGUACGGGCAAGCAAAUCGACCUGGACAGCAUGGUGGGCGUGUACGUGGUCUUGGCAACAGGCGGCAUUGCCUCCGUCAUUCUGGUGAUGUGUGAGAUCUGGUGGAGUCGCCAUGGCAACAGGGUAAAGGCGCACUUCAAAAGCAAGUUUGGCACAGGAGGAACGAAGAAAAAUCAUGCCAAUGACGUCACUCGGAUGUCAAGAAUAGAGCAGUAUAAACUGGUAUCACCCAGCCCUACCGGUAACGAUCAGUUCACUACCGAGAUGGAAAAGAGGUGGCCUUCUGAUAGCACCAACAAUAGCAAAGUUCCAAUAGUGCGAGUCACGUCUCAUUCAAGAACCACCGAUCUGUAGAGGCUUAAAAAACAUCCCUUUCUUCUAAAACGACGUCUGGUCGCUGAUACGCAUGUCACAGACUGGGUACCAUACGUAUACGGUACAGUACAUUAAAUGGAUUCUUAAAGUAAGAGUUAAAAAGAUCUACAUUAAGACCUUGAUGUUUCAAAGCAAUUCCUGGGGAAGGCCACGGAUCCGAGGCCAAAUACACGUCAAUGGCAUUGACCUCUUCUUAGGAAUGGUAUGGAAAUAUUCAUGGAACAUAAUUCAUGGAAAUAGUAUACGAAGACGUCUUUAUAAAGACCUUGAUGUUUUGACGCAUUUCCUGGAAGGACCACGGAUAUGAGGCUUAAAUAGAAAUACUUUUUUUUUUAGUUAAAAAAAACCUCUUCUUAGGAAUGGUAUGCAAUUAUGGGUCUGAUGUUUGAAACCAUUUCCUUCCUUUGAAAGACCACGGAUCUCAGGCCAAAAACACAUCCAUGUUUCUAGUUAAAUGACUUCUGUAUAGGAAUGGUACCUUUGUUAAUACAUGUGUCAUUUGAAGAAAGUUGGAUACAAAGGAAAUACUUGAAGGAUAGAUGAAAAUGGAAAGGAUAAGUCAUUACUAUGAUAGAUCUGGAAUCGGUAGACAGACUAAGGAUGGACGUUCGGACCCGGACCAGGUUGGACCAAGAAAAAACACAUAGACAGUCAACCCAGGGUCUGACAGACCUAAGACAGACAUACCAGGGACAGACAGCCAAAGAGACAGACAGACAGGCUGGCAGACCAUGGACAGACAAAUAGAUGGCUAGAGGACAGGUUAAGCAGCAGAUGGACAGACAGUCAGAAUAAAAGCUUGACAGACAAAACAAGAAAUCUGAUAACCAGAUGAAUAGUGAUUUCUCCAACACAGAAAAUGACGUUAAGAUGUGACUAGAAAAUCCGAACAUUUAAAGGUUUAAAUAUAAUAAAAAUCUCAACAAACUUGUACUAUACAGUAAAUAUCUCUCAAUAAACCAUGUUAUUGAUAA